AUGGAGACACAUCUAGCGCACCUAACGAAAGUGGAGUUGCUGACGCUCCUCCGAGACAUCGUCGCGCCUAUUCCCUCAAGAGCACAAAAGAAUCGAGGGACCCUGAUUGCGUACCUGGAGACUCACAGCGAACAAGACCAGCAAGCAAUCAUCGUAGCUGCUGGGAAGACGGCGACACGAAAGCGACCGGCUGCCCCAGUGGACCAUCCCCCGAAGCGACAACGAACCAACAUUGUGCAAGAGCGAUUCCCGCAAGAGGUCGACAUUGAAUCGCCGCAAGAAGAGCGUAUCGAAGCGGCUCAGGUGGCACAACCGAGGCGGCUUAUAUCUGCGAAUGUUGGAGAUGAGUUCAUGCGCGUACCCGCUGCUACAGUAGUGGAAGAUUGUAUUUCGCGCGUCAUUGACAGAACUGGUAACGCCGCCCUCAAGAAGGCAGUAUGUGUCUGCUGUGCCCGACGAGUGUUUGCCAGACAGACUACGUCGCUCGAUAUAACGGAAAUCCCCAACAAAGUCGUGCUCCAACCCACACACCCACACCCUUCGCACAAUCUAUAUGAAGGUUGUCUUAUUCACCCCCAACCCGGUCCGGUCCAAAACAUAUGCGACAAGUGCUACGGAGAACUGCGUAAAGCUAAGAGACCGCAGCUCUCGCUUGCCAACAACAUGUGGAUUGGCAAGGUACCUGUCCAACUAGAGGUACUGAGUCUAGCUGAGCGUCUGCUAAUUUCUUUGCAUUUCCCGGCUUGUUAUAUCAUUAAACUAUAUGCGAGAAGGAUGGGUCGGAACUCUAGUGCAGACCACAUGAACCACGGCUUGCGAGGGAACGUAUCAUCGUAUAAACUCAACCAAGAUCGGAUCGCGGCUAUGGUGUCCGGAACCAUCAUGCCACAACCACCGGAAAUCCUGGCCGCAACCAUCGGUAUCACCUUUGUGGGAGGAAAGAAUCGACCCCUUCCCGUUUACCCUAAGCAAGUCCAGGUCAAUCGGUUCCGUGUUCACGACGCGUUGCUCUGGCUUAAGCAACACAAUCCUCUAUACGGGGCAAUAUCCAUCUCUGAGGAAACCCUGGUCCAACUCCCGGAAUCCGGGGUACCGGACGAGAUUGCGAACAACGUGCGGUAUUCCGAAAAUAUAGAGGCAGUAGAUCGAGAGCAUCAAAACUAUGUGCGACACGAUGAUGAUAGCGAUGAUGACAUGGAGCAGAUGGAUGAGGGUCAAAUAUUCCAACAGGGUCCCAGUGGGCCAGCAGUGCCGCGUAACCAUGUAACUCUUGAAGACUGCGAAUCUUCAGGCGAUGAGGAUUUUGAUCCUGAAGUCAUUCCACUGCAAACUAGUGGCGUUCUCGAUACCACAGGCGAUGAGAUCCCAGACCACGAAAUGUUCCAGCACGCCGCUACAAACGCAGCUGGUAUCAUCAGAGAACGAGAAUUCUUUGUACGACGAAGCCGCGCAUAUGUCAACGAGUACGGGCGGGAAGAUGGCCAAGGAAAUCCCACCGAUGGGGGAGUGGAAAAUCCUAACCACUUGCUCGGGGCGUUUCCGACACUCUUCCCCUAUGGGAUGGGAGGCUUGGAAGUAGAUCGUGAAACGAAGGUGCCAUACGAAAGCCAUAUUAGAUGGGCUCUCCAGUACGACGAUGGGCGAUUUCGAAAGGACAUAUACUUUAUGUUCCAGGCGUUCGGCGUCAUACAGAAGCGGCAAAUAUGUCGCGCCGCGAGCAUACACAUCAAACGGAGCUCAUUCUUUACCCAUAAGCUUUCGUUCUUACUCAUGACUCCGGCCGACCUCAUGAAAGAGCUAGUGAGGAGGAGGGCAAGAAUCAGAAGAUAA